AUGCUUUCCUUAAUACCCAUCGACACACGGGCGAUAAAACAACCAAGAACCAAGAAUGUUGCUGUGUUCUCAAUUGUGGUCGUUGUGAUGAUUUUUGGUUUUCUAAUGGUUGAGGGGAGCAUAGGGGAACUGGUUCCUCCUCUUCAUGAAAUUGUCCUUCCUGGGGCUUCCGCCAAUUCAAGAACUAUUUCUUCGCUACUGAUGGAACGUAAAGACCAAAUCAUGAUUCAUGCCUAUAAUUUUACUCUCAAUCACGAGUAUAUGUACUCUUCCUUUCUAAGCGGAAAUGAAUCAACUCUGUACAUCAUUCAUAUGAACUCAAGCACGAGCCAAAUUACCGUUUCUCUCGAUAUUGUACUCAAAUCCAAUAACAACAGAAAUUGCUCGUUAUGGAUCGGAAACGGAAAUCAACCUCCGAUCCCUCAUCGAGCGUUUGAGAGCCGUUUGCACCACAAGCAUUCUGCCUUCCGACUGAGUGCUCCCAAUGUGAAUGAUGCCAGCACCGCUCUGACCACAGUGUUCGUUUUGGUGGCCAACGAAUCACCGACAUCUUCUGCCACUUCUUCUCUGGUGGAAUUUGGUCUCACCAUAACCAUUUCUCAAUUUGCUCUGAGAGGAGGUACCAUUGCCUUUCUGGUCCUUCUCGGAAUUGUCGUGAUUGGAAUAGCUCUGUUGUUGGUGGUUGUUGCUCUUGUUCAUUGCACUUCGAAACGUGUCCAAGUAUUGGAAACGCACAACCAGCAACAACAAGAGGACUCUCGCAACAAGAUUGAAAUGACACCGAUCCACUAUCAAAAGAUGACUGAUGAAGAAGAGGUCUAA